AUUAGAUUGAUUAAUACAGGCAAGCUACCAUCCCCACCACCAUGUAAAGAUUCCGUAUUGAUUGCUCCUUCUUUCCAUUAUAUAAAGAGCACACUUUCUUACUAUUUUUCUCAUCCUUCACUACCAAAUAUCACAUUUCAAUUAAUCUUUAAUUGAGUUCAAUGGAUUCCAAAAGAGCAAUCCUCAUUCUUGGCCUACUGGCAAUGGUUCUUCUUAUUUCCUCAAAGGUGUCAGCUAGGGACUUAACUGAAGAGGUUGUUGAAAAGUCAAAUGAACUGAAUGAUGCCAAAUUUUUGGGUUUUCAUCGUCAUCAUCAUGGUCAUCGUCACGGUCAUCGCCGAGGUCAUGGUCACGGUGGUGGUCAUCAUCAUGGUGGACAUGGGGUUGAUUCCGACAAUGGUAACUGAUAAUACCAUGAUACAUGAUGCACAUUCAAAGUAAUAGAUAUCAUGAAUGAAUAAUGUUUUGGUGUUAAAUAAAAAGGUAUAGAUAGUCAUCAAUCUGUUGUGGUUAUGUAUUAUCUUUGUAUAUGUGGUGAAGAGUUUGAUUCGAAUCAAUGUAAUGAAUGUGUUAUCAAUUAUAAUAUAUCAAAUAUCAUCGUCCUGUUAGUA